CACAACGUGGAGUGCAGUGAGCCGCGGGCGGACGCGCGUCUGUUGGGUAAGCUGGACAGUGAGCUCAUCGAGCCUCUCUGGAUCUCCCCCACUCUCGUCGACAGUUGGUCGUUUACGGUGAUGCCGCCGCUCUCCAAGCUCCGCCAGUCGCGGCUUGGUCUUGGUGAGCGUUUCGAAGGCUUCAAGUACGGGAAGGAGAUCUGGGAUACUUAUACGGAGUUGAAGGAUCUGUUCGAGCAAUAG